AUGCACCCACCACCAGCACUAGCAGACAAAGGAGACAUAGAUGAUCUUGGAUACACAGAUAUGAACCUCUUUGACAAACAAGAGGAGGAGCCACUGAAUGAGUACACAAAUAUGAAAGAAACAGAUGGAUUGAACAACGAAAAAGACCUGGGUGAAGAUGCAACAAAGGCAAUAGAAUGUGGGGCCAAUACUGACACCAACAUGUUUGACAACACAUGGACUGAUAGCAAUCACUAUGGACUCAUGGCAAUAAACAAUCAAAAGGGAAGGAAUCUAGACCCAACAGUCAGCGAAGCAUUGUCAGGAGAGGACAGGAAGCAUUGGGAGGAAGCAAUGCAUAAAGAGCUGGAUGGUUUGAAAGCCAUGGAUACAUGGGAAAUUGUUGAUCUUCCCAAAGGUAUGCAUGCCAUCAACACACAUUGGGUAUUAAAAAUCAAAACAGAUGCAAAUCUCAUUCUGAUGAAGUUUAAGGCAAGACUGGUGGCAAGAGGUUUCACACAAAGAGAAGGCAUAGACUACACUGAAGUGUUUGUGCCUGUCACACCCAUUCAGUCAAUCUGA